AUGCACAAACACUGCUAUAGUUAUACACAUGUAGGUGUUUUGGAUUUCGACAUUUGUGGCCCAAGUCAACCGAGAUGUUUCGGAGUUUUGCAAGAAACUGUUCACAGUUCUGGUUCUGGAUGGUCACCAGUGUUCAUCAACGAUAACUUGUGCAUAAUCUCCAUUGGAUUUUUCAUCAACCCUGAUGAUGCUGUCAUAUGGCGAGGACCUAAGAAAAAUGGUAUGAUACAGAAAUUUCUCAGUCAAACCGAUUGGGGUACCGAUAUGGAAUAUUUGUUAAUGGAUACCCCCCCUGGUACAUCCGAUGAACAUUUAUCGGCACAUACAUAUUUGAAGGAAUGUGAUUUGACCGGUGCCAUAAUUAUUACGACGCCACAAGAAGUUGCUUUGCUCGAUGUCAGGAAGGAAAUUGACUUUUGUAGAAAGGUUGGAAUUCCUGUGUUAGGUGUAAUUGAAAACAUGUCUCUUUUCAUUUGCCCAAAGUGCACCUUCAAAUUAGGUUGUCGUGGAAACAAAGUAGUUACUAUUUUAUUCAAUAGUCGUGGGCAAGUUGGUGAAGGUAUUGGCUGGCUUUUGAGGCGAGACAUUACAGUCUUAUAA